AUGGGAUGCUUUAGUAAUGAGAGAAGUGCAACAAGAGCGCUAGCUUUAUCCGAUUUUACCUUACGUAAUCAUAAAAAGGGCAUCACAGCUUUACAGAUUAUUGAAAUGCCAUUGGCUUCAAAAGCGCCAGUUCUGAUAUCUGGUGAUAGCCAGGGUCUUCUAGUCAUGUGGGACUUGGUGACAAAAAGGCCCAUUACGAGUAUGCAGAUGGAAGGCGAUCCGCACAUUGUAGCGUUUCAAUGGGUGGAAAGUAGUUCUGUACUCUCCGUUCUUUGUAAAGAUUCCAUGCUACGAAUGUUUAAGGUAAAAAAACCUGCCGCACGAUCCACAGACUUAGUCAGUAGACAAUAUCAGUCCAAUAAGAUGGAGAAUUUGCAAUGCAUCCAAAUCUAUGAAAUGCCAAUAAAUACAUUGAAUUUUGCAAACUUUAUCAUGGAUGCCCCAAUGGAAUUAGAGACGAGCGAUGGAAUUUAUAGACUUGUUUGUUGCCAUACUAGUGAUUCAGAAGCUAUUGAUAUAUACCAGAUAAUAGAAGAUUCAACAUUCAAACUACAAAGACCUUUCAGUGACAUUAAUUUUCCUAAGUUCUUAAAAGAGCUAAAUUUUUCAAAGCUCCCCAAGGACUCAAAAUUUGGCAUCAUAAUGAGAUUUGCUAGGUUGAAUGAUGUCAUAUUUUUGGGAUUUGAAAAUGGAUUCAUAAUUGGAUUUACAACUACUUUUGAUGAGGAUCUUCGAAAACAUGUCGUCGAACUGGUCCAUGUUUCCAAUGAUCAUUAUCCAAAUCCAAUACUUAAUAUGUGCGUUAACGGGAAUGAACUUUAUAGUUGUUCCACAGACGAUUUUAUAACCAAACACAAGUUCUCGAUGAACCCACGGGUUGCUACGAACUACAUCAAAAGUACUACACUAUCAAUAAAGUGUUCCAACACGUUGACGGUGAGUGAACCAUUAAAAAUCCAUCUUCCUCUAAGGAACAUCAGCCAUAUCGAUAAAGUAACAGAAAGCACCUUGCUUGUGAGUAGUUGGUCAGGCAAGACAAUUGUUUUGAAUGUGCAUACUUCGGAAGUUGUGCAAACCUUUAUGAAGACAAAAAACAAUUUGAUCGUCAACGAUAGUUCCAUUGGAGAUUUAACAAACGGUAACAACUCAAAUGCGGAAUCCAGUUUAAAAUCGAAUAACUAUAAAGUGGGGGCGAUGACAGGCCUAAAAUCAUUUCAUUUGCAAUCAGGUGGUUUGAAGUUAGGAGAACUUAGACGUUUCAAAGGCCUGGCAGAUAGCAAUUGGUGUAUUAUUGGGUAUGAUGAUGGCACCAUAAAACUUAAUAAAGUAUAG